AAGAACAGUUAGCGUAUCAGUCCACGUCGUGCAAUCUGAUCGGCGACCCGAUGGCUUCAUCAGCUGUUCGUUCGCUUGUGCUCCUGCUGACGAUCGCGGCGGCCAUCGCCGGCGCCCUCUCGGACCCGACGCCGCUCCAGGACUUCUGCGUGGCGGACCUGCAGGCCGCGACGCCGGUCGACGGGUUCGUGUGCAAGCCGCCGGCGUCCGUGGAGGACGACGACUUCUUCUCCCGUGCCAUCGCCGCCGCGGGCAGCACCAGCAACCCGUUCGGUGUCAACUCCACGCGCGCCACCGUGUCCACGUUCCCGGGCCUCAACACGCUGGGCGUCUCCAUCACGCGCGUCGACCUCGCGCCGGGCGGGCUCAACCCGCCGCACUCGCACCCACGCGCAUCCGAGCUCGUCAUGGUGCUCAAGGGCGAGGUCUUGGUCGGGUUCACGACCGCGGUCAACCGCCUCUUCUCAAAGGUGGUCAGGGAGAACGAGCUCUUCGUCGUGCCCCGCGGGCUGCAGCACUUCCAGCUCAACGCCGGCGCCGGGGACGCGGUGUUCGUGGCCAUGUUCGACAGCCAGUCGCCCGGAUUGGUCACGCCCACGUUCGCCAUGUUCGCGACCAAGCCGGCCAUGCCGAUGGAGGUGCUCACCAAGACGUUCCUCAUGGGCGAGGACGAGGUCAGCGCCAUGAAAUCCAAGUUCGCCGCCUUCUGAUCACAUUCAAUAUCACCAGGCCAGCAGCAGCUCAUCUGCUAAUUUAUCCCAUUCAGUCACGUCAGUACAUGUAUUCAUUUGUUUUUCUUAAAUAAUUUUCUUUUCUUUUCUAAAUUCGGUUUUUAUAUGUAUUUGUGUUUCCGCCAAAUUAAGUGUAACCCGAAUGUAAAUGUGAUGAGUGUGUCAAUAUACUACUGCCGUGCCC